AUGAUAGUAUUCAUUUUAUUAACAAUAAUAUAUUCGAAAUAGGUCUCCUUCCUUAGACAUGGUAUCAGAUCACCAAAUGAUUAUAAUGAAUAAGAUAAAGAACUAUGGGGAGACUAUCCUUAAGGAUAUUUGACAUAAAAAGGAUUUGAUUAAGUGAAAUAGAUGGCAAAUAAUAAUUUUACAAUUCAUGAUGGUAGUGGUAUUUGUAAUUAUGAUUCAUUUCAUAUGAUAUCAUCAGCUAAACCAAGAGUUAUACAUUCUGUAAUUGCUUUUAUUUAAGGAUUAUGUCCUUAAAAUUAUAAUGAAAUUCUGGUACAAUAUUUUAGAGAAUAUUAUGAACAAUAUUCUACAGAUCCAUAGAAUUUCAAUAAAAUAAUAAAUUCUAAUUUCAGUGAGCCUUUUUCAUUAAAUUUUGAAACAUUCAAAAUGAAAAAUGAUUUUAUGUUUCAUGGACAUAAAAGUGAAUAAUGUCCAUUAAUGGAUGUUCUUGAUGAUGCUAUCUAUAGUAGUUCAGAAUAUAAUGAGAUAAAUAAAUAAGUUAGAUAACAUUCAUAAUUCAACAAUACUUUUAAGUUAUUUAAAAUGUGUAAUCCAAAUUCAAAUGUUACAUAAGAUAGUAUUACAAUUACAUAAUUAAAAAAAUUAUAUUCAAAUAUUUUGUGUAAUGAAGCAUAAGGUUUAUAUGAUUACAAAUUAAAUUAAGAAUAAGUUGAAUAUUUGAUGAAUAUUUUUAAAUUUUAAUAUUUUGGAAUAGAUUAUUCAUAACCACUUUAACAUUAAGCAACAUUAUCAUAUAUAUUAAAAUGGUUAUUUUAAGAAUUCUAUAGUGAAGUAGAAGAAAGUUUCUUUUAUGGACAUGAUGAUAAUCAAUAUGCUUUAUUAUCAGUUAUUACAAAAGAAUGGCCUUAUGUUAAAUUUGCUGGUAGGUUGUAAUUUAAGAUUAAUAAUGAUGAUUAAAUUAAUGUAUUUUUAGAUGAUAGAUUACUUAUUACUAAUUUCUGUAAUGAAGGAGUUAAUUGUAAAUUAAGUGAUAGUAUUAAAUAUCUAAAUAAAUAUAUUAAUCCAAAUAUUGAAAGAGAUUGCUAAUUGAUUAUUUGA